AUGGUUUAUACGCACCAGCCCUUUUAUACUGCCGACCUAGUAACCUGGUCAAAUCAAAUGCCCUCUCUAAGGGAUGACCCAGAUAAAUGCCAUCGCCAGAUCAGCGCCAUCUUUUCCACUCACAACCCCACUUGGCCAGAUGUCCACGUUCUUUUAAACGCCCUAUUCAAUGAAGCUGAAAAGGCGGACAUUCUGACCAAAGCUGGAGAGGCCAUAGAGUCACCGGACUACCAGAGGGGACGCCCCGCGGCAUUAGCGGCCCUCUCAGCCCAGUGCCUGCGUAUAGAACCUACAUGGGAUUACAAUACCACCAACGGGAUUUGGUGCUUAAAUCUAUUUAAAAGGGCUAUCUUAGACGGUGUAAAAGCCGCUGGACAGCGUACUGUCAACUGGACCAAGGUCCAAACUGUACUACAGGGACCAAAUGAACAUCCAUCGGAUUAUUACACUAGAUUGGUCUCCGCCAUCAAGACCUGGGGAGGGAUAGACCCGGAGAACCCCCAACAUGAAGUAAUCGUUAAGGGUUUCUUCAAAGACCAGGCCAGCCCAGAUAUAAGAAAAGCCCUGAAUCUCCAAAUAGGAUAUGAUGGGAAGAGCGUUAGCGAAAUCUUAUCCAUCGCCAAAUCAGUUUAUAACUCUCGGGAUGAAAGGAAACGAAAGGAAGCAAAACCUGAGACUGAACACAUCUUAGCGCUGAGCAUGGAGCCUAACUCCAGCCGGGGCAGAAGUUUUAACCGAGGAAGAGGGGCCGGGGAGGAGGUCCCCCCGCUCCCCACAGACCAUGGGGACCCAACACCGGAGGAUGCUAUUACUGCCAAGAAGAGGGACACAUAA